AUGCUCCACCGGUUUCUGGUUUAAAUUUAAUCGUUAUCAUACAAUUUCCUUCUCCACAGUUUCCAAUUGAUAAUGGUUUACGCCAAGGCUUUUCACUGACAACCAUUCCGUUGAGAAGCUUCAGCCUCGCCAUUGCCGUCGACGGUGAAAGCACGACUCUGCCUGCCUCUCUCUCUCUCUCUCUCUCUCUCUCUCUCUCUCUCUCGGUCAGGUGAAUUGUUCGCUUGUGCAUUUGCGAAUUGAUUGAUGGGGCGUAGCGUUUCAAAUCAUUCAGAAGAAUCUCCUGUUGGAGAGCAUGGGUCUCCUCGUCGUAGGAGGAGCCCAUCUAGGAAGAUUCUAUCUCAAAUAGAAAGAUCACCUACUCGACAUAGGAGGUCCAACAGGGGUAGUCCUCCAGCAAGAGAGAAACAUUCGAGUCACCCUAAGUCUCCGAAGCAUGCAAGGUCACCGUCUCAUCCUGGUCGCUCUCCUUCUCCCCGAACAAGACGGUUAAGAAGAGCUCAAGCUGAAAGAGAGGCUGAGAGAGAACCUGAAAAGAACAAUGGGAGGGGAGCUGAUAGGGAUUUACAAAAGGAAGGGGGUUCAGUGAGAGAUGUUGGGAGCAAUAGAAAGGAGAGACGGUCGGGAAGAGAUGAUACUUCACCGUCAGAUCGACAGCGCAGGAGUAGGCAUCGAUCUUCCUCACCUCAACCUGCUAGUGAUACUAGAGGUGAGGAGAAAGUAAUUGAGAAAGAACGUGAAAGGAAUCAUGGCAGAGGAAGUGUUAGAAGUAUGCAAACGGAAAAGGGUUCAGAUAGGGAAACUGAGAGUGACAGAGUGGAGAGAAAGUCAGGAAAAGACAGUGCUGAUCACAGGUCUUCAAGAUCAAGACAUGGGCGGUCUACGUCUCCAUUAGAUCGGCACCACAAGAACAGACAUAGAUCUCAUUCACCUCAACAAGCUGCCAAUACCAGAAUUCGUGAUGAGGUGCCAAAUUCAAGAGGAGCUGAGCAAGGGGAUGCUGAGAAUGAUGCAGUAGCAAUGAUGAAGGCUGCAGAGGAAGCCUUGGAAGCAAAGCAAAAGCAAAAACCUUCAUUUGAGCUAUCUGGGAAGCUUGCUGCGGAAACCAAUAGAGUCAAUGGUGUAACGCUAUUAUUCACCGAGCCUCCAGAAGGACGAAAACCUACUGUGAGAUGGCGGCUUUAUGUUUUCAAGGGUGGUGAAGUUUUGAAAGACCCCCUUUACAUACAUCGUCAAAGCUGUUACCUUUUUGGGAGGGAAAGAAGGGUGGCAGACAUACCUACAGAUCACCCAUCCUGCAGCAAGCAACAUGCUGUUAUACAAUACCGCCAAGUUGAAAAGGAGCAACCAGAUGGUAUGUUAUCAAAGGAAGUAAGGCCUUACUUGAUGGAUCUUGGAAGCACAAAUAAAACUUUUCUCAAUGAAAAUGCAAUCGAACCCCAACGAUAUUAUGAACUCAUGGAAAAGGAUACAAUCAAAUUUGGUAAUAGUAGCCGAGAGUAUGUUCUGCUGCACGAAAACUCGAUGGAUUGACGGCUACAAUUUGCGGCGUACCUACUUUUCUAACAUGCGGAAUGUAUAACGUAUGGACCUCAUAUAGUUUUUGGCAAAUCAGAUGUGUGGACAUGAGUAGAUUUUACAAGGAUGUUACUAGAAAGGAUGCAUGAUAUGUUGCCGCAGUCGUGGAGUAUACUAAAGGGUGACUGAAGUACAAAUUGGAAUUUUGUUCGAAGACCGUAACCAUUGAGGCCGAAAAUGGAGGGAAGCGCGGAAAUCACUUUCUUUUUUUUUAAGUAAUUUUUAACUUUGUGUUUGGAUAUUUCUUUCUUUAAGUAAUUUUUAAUUUAAUUUUUUUCUUAGGGCUCAGUUCAUGAUCUUGUUUUGGUAAAAACUGGAUCAGCUCCCCUCUUCUUAUUUUUGGUAAACUUUCCCAUUUCUUUUUCUGUCACAGUAACCUUUUUUCGUUGUUUUUCAAGACAUAAAUUUCAUUUUUUA